UCUUCUACAUUCAGCGCUUUUAUUUGAUAUAAAAAUACCGAAUUUUUUAUUUUAUUCGUGAUUUUAUUAUUAAUGGUUUAAAUAAUAGAUAUAGAAUGCUGCCGUAUGUUGAAAUUAUUUGUAUUAUUAUGUACGGUUAAAAUUUCAGGUUUAUUUGUUUUUAUUCGACUACUUAGAAUUCAAUAAAAGAUGAUGAAAGCUUUUUAAUUUUCAGAUUUAAAAUGACCGGGAGAAGACUUGUUUGUGCAGCUUUUAGAGUUCUUAAUAAAGAACGGUUUUGGUUUUGCAAUCAAUCGUCUUUCCUUUCUGCGAAUAUUUCUCUGAAUCGCUCAAUUCCGCCAUUUGUUCCACAGAGGACCUUUAAUAGCUCGGCACUUUUUUACAGCAGAAAACAGCAGGUAGACAGUUCUGAUCUUACACCUGACACUAUGGUCGUUUUCGUAGAUUCUAAACAAAAACAAACAACAAUGGAAUACAAGGAGCUUUUAGAAAAGGUUGGUGAGAGACAUCUAGUGAGAAUAGUUCGAACUAAGAAGAAGGAAGAUAUUCCUCAUUUUAAAAUCAUGUCUGAUGUUGAUUUAGAGAUAGCCCUCAGAAAACAGAAGAAUGAGACUGCUUACCUUGGAAGUAAGGAGAUAUUAGAAACUGAAGAGGGACGGAUUAAGCAGAAAGCAUUAGAACUAUCUGCUAAAAUUUCAGAACAUGAUUUAAGGUUUAGAUUGACUCAGAUCAAGAAAUGGUUGAUAAAAGGAGAUUUUGUCAAAGUUCAAAUAAAAGUUGGAAAAGGAGGAAAGGUAGAGCGAGCUGAAGAACUUGAGAAGAUUAUUCUCCAAGAGUUCCAGGAGAUACCAGAGAUACUGGGAACUAGUCAAGCCAAACUAAAGAUUAAGAUAAUCUGAGAGUUCAGUUCCAAGAAGAUUAAAUUCAUCCAGAGAAAUUGUUUUUAAACUUGAAACUUUUUAUUUAAAUUGAAAUAAAUUGUUUAAACUUAA